GAUGUCCUUAGAACAAUAAAUUGCUUUAUUUGAUUAUUAAAAUCAGACUGUAACAAAUUGUGUUUGAUUUUAGAAGAGUCAUCUCAUCAUAUGGAUUUGUCAGGAACAAGCACCAAAGCUGAAAUAGAGCAGGGAAUCAAGAGACUUUCUCAAAAAGAUUAUACUAUAACUGCUACGGAAGAACCAUCACCAAAGAAAUUAAAAGACGAGUCUUACAAUGAAGAACAGACAAUUUAUGAACAAAAUGGGGUACUUAGCAAAUACCGUGAUGAACUAAGUCAACUGGAGAAAGUAAUUUUGCGUGACAUACUUAAGAGAAAUGGUCAGAACGUAUCUAAAAGCGAGAUGUUAGACCAUCUAGCAGAUUGUUUGGCAUUCGGCGCAUUUGAACUAUGCCCAGAAUGCAAAGGGCAACUUGUGUUUGGCGAUUAUGUUUAUAAAUGCAAAGGUGACUACGAUGAAUGGUCAAAAUGUCCUUACAAAACCAAAAUCCCUAAGAGGAGACCAAUGAUAGUGCCAAGUGAAUAUGAACACUAUCCUAUAUUCACUAACUACAAGCCUUGUGUGGACACCCGUGUAUUACUAACUGCACCAGAAGUCUUCAGCAUUAAGGAAGAAAUCCAUCCACUGAAGGAUUUACAAUUCUUUUUGUUCGGAAACUUGAAGACGCCUAAAGAGACGUUAGAAGAUCGCAUCUCAAAGAUGGGUGGGCAUAUUGUCAGCACGCUAACUAACACGGUGGCAGCUGUCGUCUCCACGAAAGAGGCAGUCGAAGAAAUGUCUGAUGACAUGAAGGAAGUACGGCUGCAAGAUAUUGAGGUUAUCGAUGAAUCGUUUUUUGAUCUUAUUGAUCCAAAGACAGGAACUGUCUCUGAAACACUUCAAUCAAUUAAGCAGAAUAAAAUUGCCCCCUGGGGAUCUGACCCUGUGACGCGUGUACUGCCAGAGCCAGAUAUUAAUGGCGAAAAUUCAUCGCAAGUUGCCAAAGUAAGGCUACAAGGGGGUUCAGUCGUGGAUCCUGACUUUGAGCUGGCUGGUUUCGCUCAAAUUUAUAAAGACGAAGACGACACUGCGUAUACUGUGGUCUUGGCUAAGACAGAUGUGGUAGCGGGCAAAACGAAAAACUCCUUCUAUAAAUUGCAGAUACUGGAGUGCAAUACAGAAAAUAGAGAACAGGAAAAAGAGUAUUACCUGUAUCGUGCGUGGGGCAGGAUUGGAACGGAUCAAAAAGAAACGAAGUACGAUUCCAAGCCUAUAGAUGUUGCUUUAAUGGAGUUUAAAGAAAUAUUCAAGAAGAAAACUAAAAACCUGUGGGAUGAACGCAAGAAAUUCAAGAAGCAUCCAAACUUCUACAGCGUCGUUAAAACUGACCAUAAAACCGAAAAAAUUGAUGGUGUCAUUCCCACACAAGAUGAAAUUUCUUCUCUGCCCGAGCCAGUUCAGCAACUGGUACUGAUGAUAUUUGAUAUAAAUACUAUGAAAAAUGUCUGCCUGGAGUAUGAGCUUGACUUAGAAAAAAUGCCACUAGGAAAACUGUCAAAGGACCAAAUAAAAUCGGGAUAUGAAGUACUGUCGAAAUUGAAUGAGUACGUUGAACAAGGAGGGAUUAAUCAGACUAAAGUAUUGGCUGCUACAAACAGAUUCUUCACAUUGAUUCCUCAUAACUGUGGAUCAAAUAAUCCACCACUGCUGGAUAAUUUAGAGUUGAUUAAAAAGAAAAUGGAAAUGUUGGACAACUUAUUAGAAAUACAAGUAGCUUACAGUUUGGUACAUACAAAAGAGUCGAGUGAAAGCCAAAUAGACGUCCACUACAGAAGGUUAAAUGCUGAUAUUGGUCCAAUCGACCGCGCGUCGCCUGAGUUCGAAAUGAUCGCUACCUACGUGGCUAACACACACGCUAGCACGCAUCAUAUGAAGCUUGAAAUCCAGCACGUGUUUGAAGUGUUCCGUACAGCCGAAGAUGAGCGCUACGAGAAGUUCAAGAACUUACACAACCGUCGUCUGCUAUGGCACGGCUCGCGCAUAUUCAACUAUGCGGGCAUCCUUUCACAAGGUUUGCGCAUCGCGCCGUCCGAGGCGCCGGUCACUGGAUGGAUGUUUGGCAAAGGGAUCUACUUCGCGGACAUGGUAACUAAGUCCGCCAACUACUGCCAUCCUGACUCGGCCACACCCAUUGUUCUGCUGAUGCUUUGCGAGGUCGCACUCGGGAACAUGAAGGAGUGUACUGCUGCCGAAUAUGUGGAUAGGCUUCCGAAAGGCUUCCACUCUGUAUGGGGGCGGGGCCGCUUCGAGCCCGACCCGGCGCAGGCGCGCACGUUGCCUGACACCACAAUGGUCCCGCUGGGACGCCCCAUCCGUCGAGAAAUAACCACUGACUUGCUGUACAACGAGUUCAUAGUGUACGAUGUGGCCCAGGUGAAUAUGAAGUAUCUUGUUCAAGUGAAGGCCCACUUCGAGUAAUGGCCCGACUCGUCUUUUUAAUGCUGUGAUUUUUACGAUAGACUAUAAUUAUUUUUUAUUGAGGUUGCAUAAUGAAGUACUAGGUCAAAAUUUAUU